GCUAGGUUUUGUUCCUACGCGCGCGUAGCAGAGCACCACCCUCCAAACCUAGCCUGCCUGCGCACGAAACCACCACUCCUCCUCCACCUCUCUUUCACUCUCUUAUAUAUAGACCCCACCUCUCUCUCCUCCACCUCCCGUCUUCUUCCUCCCUCCCACCCAUCUCUCUCUCUCUCUCUCCACCUACAAGCGUGCGUGCCGGCCGCCAUGGGGUUCCCGUCCGUCUGCUACUGCGUCAUCCUGCCGCAGCCGCUCAUCCUCGUGCUGCAGCUGCUCGACUUCCUCCGGCACGCCGUGCUGCUCUGCCUCUCCUCGCUCGGCCUCGCCGCGCCGCCGGCGGCCGACGACCACCCCGCCUACGCGCCGCCGCCGGACCUCUGGGCAUCGGAGGAGGACGACGAUGCGGCUACGUCGCCGUACCUGGCCACCGGCCCGGCUCCCGCGCCGGCCGUCAUCAAGGCGCGCCUCCCGGCCGUCCGGUACGCCGACCUCAGGAGCCGCCGCUCGGCCGCCGCCGGUGGAGCCGCUGCGUCGACGACGUGCUGCGCCGUGUGCCUGGGCGCGCUCGAGGCGCGGCACCGCGUCCGCGAGCUCGGCAACUGCGCGCACGCCUUCCACAAGGCGUGCAUCGAUAAGUGGGUCGACAAGGGCCAGGCCACCUGCCCCCUGUGCCGGGCCCUCCUGCUCCCAAUCGAUGCCGACGCCGGCGAGCUGUCCUCCUACUCCUUCUGAUCUCAAGCUCCACGAAACACCCUGCUGGCUGCUGCAGCCUGGACGCCGGCGGCCGGCACCGAAAGAGAUAGCCCGGACAGGUCAGGCCCGUAUAGCGAGCUAGCCGCUGCGCCUCUCCAUCAAUCCAUCCAUCCAUCCGUGGUCGGUCUGUCCAUGUGGAUCCAUGCUCUUUCAUCACGAGAGAAAAAUCCAAAGAGACCAAGGGAGGCGUGGUGGUGGAGUAUUAUUGGUAGGUGAGGCACUAAUUAUGAGGAGGACAGGGAUGGCUACCUGCAUUGGAUCUGGUGAAAUGCCCACUAUACAUAGCACUAGCAGCAGAUCCGUUUGCUUUCUCCACCUCACCCGCUUCACUUUCUUUUUUAUCUUCUUUUUGUAAUCUUCCUUUCCUCUCCUUUCGCUUUUCUUCUCUUCCCUUUUUGUUAGGGUUUCUAUUCUUCCUAUUAACUUAUUUUUGUAAGGGAAUUCAGAGAGAGAGAUCAAGAUCAAGAAAGAGAGAUGUACAUAGCUUCCUCCACUCCACUUGACAGUACUGCAAGAAUUAAUAAGAAUUGUCUCUCACAUCCGUCAACUUAAUUACCUCA